AUGUUUGGUUUUCUAGACACAAGUUGCAGACCUGAUAAUGAUGUCCUACGACAUUUCUACUCUCUCCACCUCACUUUCUUUCUCUGUUUGACUGCCACCAUCCCUCUCUUUCACUCCCUCCUAUUUUUUCUCUUUCUCUCCAUCUCUUUGACUCUCUCUCCCUCACUUUCACUCCUUAUUUCUCUCUAUCUCUCUUCCACUCCCUCCCACUUCUUUCUCUAUCUUUCCAUCCUUCUUCCUCUCUUUCACUCCUUAUUUCUCUCACCAUCCUUCUAUUCUAUUCCCUUCCACUUUUUCUCUAUCCUUUCCUCUUUCUCCCUCACUCUCCUUCCUUUUCACUUCUACUCCCUCUCUUUCACUUCUUAUUUCUCUCUCUCUCACUCUCCCACUAUUUCACUCUUUAUUUCUCUCCCUCACCAUCACCAUCACUCUCUUCUACUCCCUGCCACUUUUUCUCUAUCCUUACCUCUUUCUCCCUUUUUCACUCUCUCUUUCACUCCUUAUUUCUCUCUCUCACCCUCUCUCUCUUUCACUGAAUCUCUCCCUCUCACUGACUCUUUUUCCCUCUCUUUCACUCCCUUGUUAUUGGAGUUUGCACUUAAAGGCCUGGGUAGAUCAUUGAAAGAGGUGUGUACGUGUGUUAAACCAGGAGGAAAGAGAAAUUUGGUGUAUAGUCAGAGCCUCAAAGCAUUAGAGUUGCUGUGGCUAUCGACAGAUUUGCCAGUCAAAGUUUAA